UUCUCCAUAUCCGAGAAAUUCCUGCUGUACCCUCGCAGCUCACUCCACCAUCACCUGCACGGCCAGCGAGCAUCACUGCAGCACGUCGCUUACCAUCCUUCGCCCGGGUGACGCAUUUUUCCACCCAUACACAGCCCCAGACCCGCCGUUUGCCCAGAAUCCGUUCACGCGGCGACCAAGAUCAAAGGCAUGCACGCGACACCCCAGCUGCUACCCACCAACCCACGCAUCGGUGCCUCUCGUCGCUAGGAGCUUCAACGCUUCCUCCGCAUCUGAGCACAACCACCAGCCAUGGCGUUCAACUUCAACUGGUCGCCACUCCUGGCGGACACUUCGCGCGCGCGAGACAUGCUCACAACGGCGCUGAACAAGUCGCCGAAGCCGCCUAUCAUCGUUGACGACAUCAUCGUCACCGAACUCAACCUUGGAUCAACACCACCAGAACUGGAGAUCUUGGAAGUUGGCGACCUGGCAGAAGAUCGAUUUAGAGGCAUCUUCAAAAUGUCAUACGCCGGCGAUGCAUUCUUGACGCUAAAAACGAAAGUUCAGGUCAACCCGCUGAAGACGCACUUAUCGACAAGACCGGACUUCGCAUCACCACAACCUCUGGCAGCAGCAUCCGGCCUGACAAUACCGCUGUCAAUCACAUUAUCGAACUUCCGGUUGUCAGGCUUCGUCAUCUUAGUGUUUUCGAAACAGAAGGGCUUGACCCUGGUCUUCAGGAACGACCCCCUGGAAUCGCUAAAGGUUUCUUCGACAUUUGACUCGAUACCGUUCGUCCGCGAUUACCUGCAAAAGGAAAUCGAGGGGCAACUACGAGUGUUGUUCAUGGAGGAUCUGCCAGCUAUCAUCCAUCGAUUGUCACUACGUUUGUGCUCGCCUGAGUUCCAGGAGAUCGAAGAAGAACGGUUAGAUGGCACUAAGGACGGCGUCGCCACUGUAGACCCAUUGGCAACACCUCCGCAAGACGCAGUCGAUGCGUUCGGCAACCCUCUCGACGAAUCUCAGAUCUCAGAAAUCGCACUCGAUCCUGUUGGCGAGAUCCACGCGUCCUUCUCGCAAAAGAACAUCCUUCGCCUCGCCGCGCUUUCGGAAUCGCAACGCACCCUAUCGCUCUUCACACCUGGUAUUCGAGAUGCUGUGUUCCGUGCCUGGGCGGGCCCAGAUCGAGAUGCGUCCGGCACCGCCACACCAGCACUCACAAGAGGCAGCUUGUCUAGGAUACAAUCUACCUUUGGUACCAUGAGAUCGGGCGCCUCAUCUAUUGCAUCUGGAAGCCAAGGCACCCACGACACCCACGAUACGCACGACUCACGCCCGACUGUCUCCUCCACUACCUACUCCAUGUCAGGUCUGACUCUAGGUGCUGGACGAUCACGCACUGGAGGCAUGCGAAAGCGCAAGAAGCGCGUUGUGGACCUUCGCAAGAAGACAACUGAGACCGGCGCUGAUACUGGAUCAGUUAACGGGCAGAGCGAGAUGGCGAGCGCCUACGCUUCGGAGACAUCGAGUGUCGUGUAUGAAGAGAGAGAAGCUGGAGAAGUUGCUACGCCACCUCGAAGCCCAGCCCGUCCUGACCUACAGCAUGACGAACCUCAUGGUAUCCUCGACUAUGGCGAGCCCAGCAUGCUCGCCGAUAACACAGCAUCCACCGAGACGCUUACCCCCGCCGCACCCCUUCUCUCAGAACCGCCAAGGAAGUCGAGAUCAAAGUCGAAGCAGCGCGAUAUCUACAACGGCGAGACUAUCAAGGCCCGCCCUUCCUCAAGACGACCGCCGCUCUCUCACAACCAGAUUCGCCAGGCCCAGCAAUCGACAUCACCGCUCCUCCGCUCCCUGUCCUUCGACAAGAUUGCGCUCGCAUCACCACCAAAUGAGGCCGAAAGCUCCGGUGGCAUCCUCGAACAAGCUUGGAUGACGAAGAUGGCACAAGAAAUCGCAAGGAAGGUGCAGCAAGAGAAGGACCGCCAAGGCUUUUCUCGAGAUAGGUCACCACUAGCUCGAAGCUCCAAAGGCCCCACUGGAGGCAUCUGGGCUUCGGAAGACGAGCUAGAGGCACCCCCUGCUUACGUUGCUUAGGACAUGAAGUCCAGCGACACCUAAUGACUUAUGCAUUACGACGGCGUUCCCUCUUUGAGCUU